UCCUUUUUUUUUAUUUUUUUUAUUUUAAUUUUAAAAAACUAUUUUUUUGCCCUUUAGUUUCCUUUCUUUUCCUUCGCCUCUCCUUAAUUUAGAGAUAAUCCAAUUAGGGUUGGCUUACAUGGAAAUGCCGAAAAACAAGUGAGGGUACCAAGACACGGAAGAAGGCUGCGCCAAGAGAAAAAGAGCGAAGAAAAAUGGAGAAUCAGAAGCAAAAUAGAGCCGAAGCUCCUGUGAAAGUGUCAACACUCAAUUGUAUCGAUCUCUCUAAUCCUGAUAUUCACCAAUCCGUCUCUUUACUCAAGCAGGCUUGUUUGGAUUGUGGGUUUUUCUAUGUGGUCAACCAUGGAAUAAGCCAGGAAUUGAUGGAUGAAGUAUUUGCCCAAAGCAAGAACUUUUUUCAUUUGCCAUUAAAUGAGAAAAUGAAAGUUUUGAGGAAUGAAAAACAUAGAGGCUAUACUCCCGUGCAUGAUGAGCUUCUUGACCCUGAUAAUCAAGUGCAUGGAGACUACAAAGAAGGGUAUUACAUAGGUGUGGAAGUACCUGAAGAUGAUCCUGAAGCUGAGAAGCCGUUAUGCGGGCCAAAUGUUUGGCCCGCAGAUGGUGUUUUGCCUGGAUGGAGGCAGACUAUGGAGAAAUUCCAUCAUGAGGCAUUAGAGGUGGGAAAAGUAGUUGCAAGGGUCAUAGCGCUUGCACUUGACCUAGAGGUUGAUUUCUUUGAUAAGGCUGAGAUUCUUGGGAAGCCUUUUGCCAUCCUGCGCUUACUAUACUAUGGAGGUCAAAUUUCUGAUCCCUCAAAAGGAAUAUAUGGGGCUGGAGCACAUUCUGACUUUGGAUUUAUUACACUCUUGGCAACAGAUGAUGUUAUGGGUCUGCAAAUAUGCAAGGAUAAAGAUGCAAAACCUCAGAUAUGGGAGUAUGUGGCACCAAUAAAAGGAGCUUUUAUAGUCAAUCUUGGGGAUAUGCUGGAGCGCUGGAGCAACUGUAUAUUCAAGUCCACUUUACACAGAGUUUUAGGGAAUGGUCAAGAGAGAUAUUCUAUUGCAUACUUUGUGGAACCUAGUCAUGAUUGUCUUGUCGAAUGCCUGCCGACUUGCAAAUCAGAAAAAAAUCCUCCCAAGUUUCCUCCUAUCGGAUUCCGGACAUACCUGAAGCAACGUUACGAGGACACUCAUGCUAAGUUGAGUGCAUACAAUAAACAUCUAACUUGAAGUCCUUACAGAAUAUUUGUGUAGGAAAGGUUGAGCUUGUAAUUUUCAUAAGACAGUGACAUAUCAAUUUGAAUGUGCCAUAUAUCCAACAUUAGAAAGUCCAUUUUACUAUCAUGUAUGUGUAUUGCAAUAAUAGUGUUAUCGUUCGUUCCUAAUAAAGUUAUUGCAUGUUCCAAGAUUCAA